AUGUCACUGGUCGAUCAGCUUGUGGGGACUAUUUCCACUCUCGCACCCAUCACCUUGUCCGUACCCACCACACCUAUCUUCCAAGUCUCUCGAUUUAUCCACCAUGUCACGACCACGCCCAUCCACCCUGUAUAUUUCCCUUAUUUGCGAUUUGGCGUGAUACAUGCCGUCAGAGUGACGACUGUAUGGGCAGGAUUGAAGAAAGGUAAAAAGCGAGGUGGACGAUUGCAAGAUCUGUUUGGGUAUUUGGCAUUGGCCUGGGGAGGAAGUACCGUCACAUCCCUACUCCUCAAUCAACCUCCUUCAUGGCUCAUAUCGCCUACACCAUGGAUCAUCUAUCCUCUCAUUUACACUCUCUUGGUUCCUACGGGAUUAUCAGCCUAUAUCGUCGAUACUUGCCCGACCCUCCUAUUCGGUAUAAUAGGUGGUUUUGUAGAUGGUAUGACAAGAGGUACGACCAUAACCUCCCUAGCGACAUUACUAUCGUCCUCAUCAAUCGGUUCUUCGGCCAUAAGUCUGGAUGGAAGUAUCAAUCUUUGGACAUACGCUUUGUUGAGUUUACUAGCUAUAUCAUCAGGAGGAUUGAUCGUAGGCGCUUUAAGUCUGAACGAGGAUGAGUGGAAACUAGGUACACCAGGAUUAUUGAAAGGUGGUCUUAUCAAUACGUUAGAUGCUUGGAGUGCAUCAUUAGUCGGUCUGUUAUGGUUGACUCUCACAAGUCAGAAUUCAAGCUUGAAACCUAUCAGUGAAUUGAUCCAAUCGUCCUUACCACACGAACUGAAAUCGUCAACAUCUUCUUCGUCAUCGGACGAGAAAGUUGCUGUGGAUAUCUUGGACGUACCCCAUGCUAGAGCUAUAUGUGUGAUGGUUUUGGGAGGUUUACUGGCGACUAAAGCUAUCAUCUUAUAUGUCAGAGGAAGCAAGACGAAGAAGGUGAACAAGGUAGAUAAGACGACUGAGUUGUUUAUACUGGAUGAGAAGGACAACGAAAAGACGAAAGUCGUCAAAACUCCAGUCAAAGUUGGAAGCAGCAAACCUACACCUAGGAAAAGUCCCAGAGCAAAAUCAAAGUAG